AACAAAUGUGGCUAAUGAAAAAGGAACUUUAGCAGCUGAAGCUGUUCCUGAUAACCAAGAUACAGAAAUAUCUGGCCCACAUUCAUCAAAGCACUCCAGGAAAAAAGCUUUGAAUUCAGCAAGAGUUGCCGGGCGGCCAUCUUCUGUGGCCAUGCAGAGCGGCCCUUCCCCAGCUCGGACGAAGGGCGAGAGCCAGACGAAGUUACCCAAACCUAAAAUUGAUCUUCGAGCCCUCUUUGAUUACCACUUCACAAGAAAGCAGCACCGCUUCCGCAAACGACGGACCCCUACGGAGAGGAAAGUGAGUAGACCUCACAAGUAUGGCAGAAAAUGGCCGGAAAGACACAGAAUUCCAGAAGAGGAGCAGAGGAGGAGAAUGAAAGACAGAGGAAUUGUAUUUCCUUUUGUGGAGAAAUACUACGGCCGGAAGCACCUUCCUUUAAAAGUGGUGCGAGAAUAUGAGCAUGCAGCUUUGAAGGGGUUUUUCAAAUACAUUGAAAUGCUGAAAUAUGAACAUCAUUUGAAGAAGUCCUUGACGCAGUUGAAUGCUGAAGGCGAUCUUGAAAAUGAAUGCUUGGAAUCACGGCGGCACAAAUACCUGGACGACGAUGGACCCAUUUCUCCCAUUGCAGAGACCAACAACGAUGAGGUUUCUGGGAAUGAAAACAUUGGUGCCAAAAUAGUGGACAACAGCUGCUUCAUAUUAAGCAGCAAAAUUCCCAAGAAAAAGAAGAAAUCGAACGCAAGGAGAAAGUGAGUGGCAACUGUUAGAAAUAAGAACUUUUUUUA